AUGUCGGUGGCACCGAAACGGUCGCGUUUCUCCGACCGUCCGGAAGAUUCCGGCGUCGGUGGAAAAGUCGCAAAGACAGAGUCAACUCCGAGUUGGUUGAAACCAUCAUCCGGAUCCGAUUCGCUCCCUUCUUCUGGCUCUAACAAUGCCUUGGCGCUCAUGCCUCUUUCUGGCGGUCUUUUGCCGAAACCGGACAAGCCAAAGUUGACUAAAGAAGAAAGAAGAGCGCUUAGGAAGAAGAAAUGGUCGACAGAUACUGUCAGCAUUACUGGUAUUUCUACAAACAUGCCAUCAGAUCUCACCCCCGAGCAACAAAAGAUCUACAUAAAACAGCUCGAAAUCGAAGAAAUCACAAAGAGACUGAAGUCAAAUGAUCUUGGCAUUCCAGCUGAUCCUACUCAACGCUCUCCGUCUCCCGAGCCGGUGUAUUCAUCAGAUGGAAAACGACUGAACACGAGAGAAAUCCGAACAAAGAGAAAGUUAGAGGAUACGAGACAUCAACUUAUUACUCAGAUGAAGGAGCUCAAUCCUCACUACAUGCCGCCAAGCGACUACAGAGCGCCCAAUGUGAGGGUUCAAGAAAGAGUGCUCAUUCCGCAAGAUGAGCAUCCAGGAAUCAAUUUUGUUGGCUUGCUCAUCGGCCCACGAGGAAAUACUUUGAAGAAAAUCGAAACAGAACAUCAAUGCAAGGUCAUGAUCAGAGGAAAAGGAUCGGUGAAAACGCAGAGCCAGAGCUUUAUCUCCCGUCCUCUACCAGGCGAGGAUGAGCCUCUUCAUGCUUUGAUUUCUGCGAAUUGCCAGACAUCAGUAGAAGAUGCGAUCAGAACGAUCCGACAGAUCAUCAAGGACGCGAUUGAAAACCCAGAAGGACAAAAUGACUUGCGAAAGACGCAGUUGAUGGAGCUUGCUCGACUCAACGGCACCUUGAGAGAAGGCUUCGAACCAAAGGAGAACUCCUGGCUCAAACCUGAGAAUCAAACGAUCACGAACCAGUUGGUUUGCACUAAGUGUGGUGGAAGGGGACAUAUUUCCGGCGAUUGUCGAUCUGGCCAUACUGGAAACGAGAAGCUUGUCAAUAGAGCGAUGGAUACCGAAUACGAGGCACUCAUGGCGGAACUCGGAGGCGGAAAGAAAGGACCAUUGUCACAGCCACGUAGUGGAUUUUCAACUCAAAACUUCCACGGAACUGCUAACAUUCAACGACUUGAUACUCCUCAGCAGCAGUAUCAACAAUCGUCUGGCUACGGUUCUGGACGGGACUUUAGUGGUGGUUCGCGAGACAAUGGAGCGUCUGGAUGGUCGAAUAAUCCUGCAGACAUUUACAACCGUGGACCUCAAGCCGCCGGGGCAUACGGCGGAGCUAGCGGUGGUGGAGGCUCUGGCUUGGUGACUCCUGACCAGUAUAAAGCCCAAAAGACCCAAAUGAAUCCUAACGACCCGAUGCAGCAACAAAUGAUGAUGAUGAAUAUGAUGAUGGGCAUGCAGGGACAAAUGCCACCCCCACCUCCGCCACCAGAAUAA